AUGAGUAGUGAAGUUAGUACAGUAUUACAGAAUUUAAUUUCAAAUGAUUCGAAACUAGGUUCAAGAUUAUUAUCCUUAUUAUUAGUUAAUAGUGGGAACGGUAAAGAAAUUAUUAAAGCAAUUAAUAAAGGCGAUGAUGAAUCAUUAAAUAAAUUAGAUUUAAGCAUUUUGAAAAAUUUAAAUAAUUCAAAUUUUUUAAAAAAUGUGAGCAAUAAUAAUAGUAAAUUAAUUGAACCAACGAUACGGAAUAAUGAAAUUGAUAAUGAAGAAGAAGAGUUACAAAUUUUAAAACGUAAAAGAAAUACUGAAGCGUCUGCAAGAUUUAGAAAACGUAGACGACAAAGAGAAUUAGAAAAAUUAGAUAAAUUAAAAUCUUUACAAUUACAAAUUAAUCAAUUCAAUGAUAAAAUUAAUUUACUGAUUGAUGAAAAUAAUUUUUAUAAAUUAAAAUUAAAAAAAAUUAAUGAAAGAAAAUCAAAUGAAUUAUUAAAUCAAAUUAAACGUAGAAAUAUGCAAAAAUAG